GAGACGCAGCACUGCCUCGCUUUUUUUUUUUCUUUUUUUUUCCUCUAUUUUUUCUGAAUUAGAUUUGUUCAUUUGGCGCCUCGCAGCUCCUCCUCGGCUCGCUCCUCCGGAUUUUCUGCUCCUGUUUUGGGGGAAAAAGCCGAUGCAGCUCGGGUCUCAUAGCAAGUGUGUCAAAUCUGCAUUGGUCUGUUUGUCCCUGUGUGCAGCCUGUGUAGUCGUGGCUGAACUGAAGCAGAGCGAUGAGCAGCAAUCAGGAGGUCCCGACCCCCAGCCGGGAUCAAGGGGACGGGGCCGCUGUCCCUACGGAGACGACCCCCACUCAGACGGCCCCCACCACCUCCCCAAAGGCCACGGCCGCUUCGGUCAAGGCGGAGCCUCGUCCCACGGCCAGCAGCCCACCCAGCAACGGCAAAGCCACCGAGGCCAACUUGCCGGCCGAAAUCUGCGUGGUCAUCGGCGGAUCUCGCAACUCCCAAGCACAAGGCUCCUACAUCUGUGGAAUAUGCGGAAAGAAGUACAAGUAUUACAACUGCUUUCAGACUCACGUCCGCGCCCACAGAGAGACGGAGGGCACGCCGGCCGGAGAGGGGACACCUCACCUUCUGAACAACUCUUUCCGCUACACAUGUGACAUAUGUGGGAAAAAGUACAAGUACUACAGCUGCUUCCAAGAACACAGGGACCUGCACGCCGUGGACGAUCCUUAUGAUCAUGUGAUUCCUGUGGAGGAACCCGUGAAGGAGGAGAUUGAGCCGCUUCAGAAAAUAGGACCAAAAACGGGGAGCUACACGUGUGAAUUCUGUGGAAAACAAUACAAAUAUUUCAACCCCUAUCAGGAGCAUGUGGCGCUGCACACUCCAAUGAAAAGCUCAUACGCUUUAAAAUUGGAGGGCAAAAUGUCAGGGAAGUCAAGCCUCAGAGACGGCAACAAUUCCCAAAGCUCGAGCGAUACUACAAGCCCCAUGAUGCCCACCUCCUUCCCCACAUCACAGAAAGCCUACACGUGUGGAUCCUGUGGCAUUCAGUUCCAGUUCUACAGCAACCUCAUGGAGCACAUGCAGUCUCAUGCCGCGGAUAAUGAGAAUCACACUAAGGAGGACUCUGCUAAACCCUGCCAAGCCCCCAUAGCGCCUCAGGAGCAGACCUGGAAAUCCCCUCAGCCUGCACAGAGGAACCACAUGCCUUCCUACCAGAACAGAUUGCUGCCAGAGAAGGAGCGGCAGCAGGUGGCUGAGCGCUUGCUGCGCAUGAUGUGUACAGACCUGGGUCUCCUCGGUGCUCUCAGCAGUAAAGACUUCCUCAAGUUGGCCCAGACUUUGGUGGACACGGGCUCCCGCCAUGGAGCCUACUCCAUUCGUGAUGCCCUCGGAGACAUGAGCUCCUUGGCCCUAAAGCAGCUUCCUCGCAUGUACAACCAGGUCAAAGUAAAAGUCACGUGUGCCCUGGGGUCAAACUCUUCUUUAGGCAUUGCCGUGACUUGCCAUUCUCAGACUAUAGGACCGGACUCCUGUUAUGUGCUUACCGCGUAUCAGGUCGAAGGGGUCCGGCUUCGACGCUACGUGCUGGGACUCAAGGAAGCCUCUAUAAGAGAAGGUCCUGAACAUGUACACCACUGGGUCCAGAAUGUCCUCUCAGAGUUCGUUAUGUCCGAGAUUCGCACAGUCUACGUCACAGAACCGCGUUUGUCACUGUUAUCUUUUUGCGGCCGUUCCGGUCUUAGCUUGCGGUGCGCAGGGUGCUCGCUGGCAGCCACUGUUCAGGCCGUUCUCGGCCGACGUAGUCUUCAGGCCAGGGGCCUCCAUGAACUGGGAGAACUUUUGGCCACGUGCCGCGACAUCGCUGGAACAACGAGCUUUAGCCGUGAGAGCAAAACCACGGAUGAGGCUCCGCCACCGCCGUGCUGGGAUUCAACUGCUGAGGCGCUGCUCAAGGUCCACGAGAACUUUGAGGCAAUAUGUGAAGCGUAUGGCCGCUGCAAGAGCACGGCACCUCUCCUGCAGGGCCUCAACAAACACCUCCUUGGCACACUAGCGUGCUUGCUAGCACCAUUGCGCCAGGCAGCUCAGGAGCUCGGAGCCGACCGUUGGCCCACGCUCCAGCAAGUACUGCCCGUCUACAUUCGCCUGGAGAAGCUGUUCACUUCCAAGGCUGGAGAAGCAGGUGCAGGUAGCAAGCUCUGUCACUACUUUCUGGAAGCACUAAAGGAGAACUUCAAGGUGGAGAGAGUCCAUCAAGUGGCGAUGAUCUUGGACCCACAGCUCAAGCUGCGACCUGUCCCCGGGUAUCAGCACGAGGAGAUUAUCACCAGGGCGUGCGACAUGGCCGCCAGCAUGAGGGAACCUGGAAGUGGGGGCUCGUCCGGGAUCACCGGAGAUGAGAGGGAUGGUGAAGGGCCAGCAGGUCCAAAGCGCAGCCGUAUGGACUGCGGGGUGGACAGGUCAUCCUGUGCAGCCGAGGAGCCGCAAGUCCGGAAGGAGUUGUUCCAGUACCUGGGCGAACCGCUCUUCCAUGCUACAGGUGAUCUGUUCCAGUACUGGAGCUCAGUCAUGGACAGAUACCCCAAGUUGUCCCGCUUGGCACUGUGGCUACUGGCAGUGCCCGCGGUGGGCGUCCGCAGCGAAUGUGUCAGCAUCUGCGAGCAGACCUUAGCGAUGAAGAAGAAGCGACAGGUCACUGCCGAGGAGAUGAACAAACUUGUCUUCCUCAAGUGCAAUUUUGCUUGAGGUGGUGCAAGGCCACCAGCCAAUGGCUCUAUAGACUGUUCACAAAAGAGACACUAGUGGAUCUAGACGCUGCUCUAGGAUCACUUUGUAGCUUUUUGUCAUGUCGUAGUUAGAACGCUUAUUCUGGAGCAAAAACCUGUUUCUGGAUCUCUGUCCAUGAACGAGGCACCGUUAAGGGAGGGUUCUUUUCAUGGACGUCUGCUACGGAGCAAUACUUCGUCCAGCAGAGAUAUAGCCUACAUACACCUCAAACCUCAACUUACCACUGGCCAUGAGACAAAAAAAAACAAAACAAAAAGAAGCUAUGCCCGAAAACAUGGAUAUGAACGUUUGUCAAUGCUUGAAUCGUCUACUUCAAACCAAAACAUGGACACACUGUAUGUUUCAUUGCUUUUUCUAUUUCCCCUGCUUUUAAUUUCCAGUGCCCCAGCUGUCCUCUUACCUCUUAUACCUCCUACCUGAAUUACAUUUCCUCCCCCGCCCCCCCCUCCACCAAAUGGACGUUGGACAUACUUUGCCUUAGUUGAAAACGAUCUUUUUUAAGUCUUUCGAAUUGCUGUUGAUUGAUUUUAGAAGCAGAAAAUACCUCUUUUUUUACUUUAGUUCAUUGUUCUCAACUCUGAGCACCUGCUUGGCUGCUCAGUUCCACUCGUUUGACUGAUUAGUUUUUAAUCUAUAACCUCUUCAAAUCGGUAUGUUAAUGGUCCAGACCAGCGGCGAUGCCGAGUAUCACAUUUUGGUUAAUUUACAUUUUCAUGAGAUUACGUUGAUUGCCUUGCAUAUGCAUGAGGAAUCAAUUAUCUAAAUGUGUUAAUCCCUCACAAUUAAAAGGUUACAUUUUCACCCACAGACUCAGCGCAUAACAAACUGCUCUGUAGAUUAUGUAUCCUUGGUGACGUUAAUUUAUUUAUGUCUUUUAUAUAUUUUUUGUGGUUUUUAGGUUUGGGAGCAGACGUACAAUCAGGGGACGUUUCCUGAAGGCUUGCGUGCAUUGCUAAUUGUUUCAUCGUAGGGAGUAUUUAUAUAGUAAAUGACGUAAUUUUAGAACCGUUUUGGAAAUCUAGCCCAGAUCGGCUCUCUGAUUGGUUCAGUCUGAUUGCCAGUGCUUUCAUUACUGAACAGGAACUAGAAUAACACUCUGCUUUUCACUCUAAUAUUGACGCCCUGUGUUUGUGUGUGCAAAUUUUUUGCCUUUUCAAUAGAAAUUUUGAUCUUAUUUGCCACUUUUGAUCCCAAAUUUGGCUUCUUUCUACUAAAGAAGAGCUGAUUACUGACGGUCUGCAGGCAGUUGGUGCUAGUGGGGGGUGGUUAACUUGCAGCUAUAGGGCUGACUGAUUUAGGGAAAAUUCUGAAUUGCGAUUUUUCUGACCAAUAUUGCGAUUUUGGUGAGAUUACAGAAUUUUCGGUCAAAUUUUACUUGGGUGAGCUGUGUAAAAUCUCUUUAGGAAAAUGUGUAGGUGGAAAGUGAAAAAUCUAUAAUUGUAAAAUGAACUUUGGACGCUAAGUGUAAGAGUCUGCACUUUUUAAAUUUACAAAUUUAAAUUUGCUCUGUAAGCAUUUAACUUAUUUUUUUU